UGGUGUUGAUUGAUUGAUUGAUUCUUGCACGUAGGGUAAAGACUUAUGAUAACCAUUUGUUUAUUCUUAAGGUCAAUUCUAUUGCUUUCUCAUUAGAAUUCAUUUUAGUGGUAACAGAUAGACUUUUAGUUGACAAAACAAAUAAGAAGAAAACUACGAUUAGAAGAUUGAUGGUAGGUAGUUUUAUGCUGAGGUUGAGCUGGCUCUUCAGAUGAGCUUAUUUUUCUAAUCCUAGGUUUUGUCAUUGACUUGGGGGAAGUUGUUUUCAUAUCCAUUUGUUCUUCAUAAAAUAUAUAUAUCCGUACAGUUUUGUUUAUUCUCAAAAAGUCUCAAGACUUUUUCCUUUCUAUGUACUUUUCUCUUGUAGGGUUUUUAAAUGUUGCAGGCCAUGGUUCUUACUUACUGUGCAUUGACAUGUUCCUAAGUUUUACAGUUAAACCGCCUCUGUUGUUGGUGACCAUUCGUCUCUUGUUCAAAAUCAUGGUGGUUGUUCUGUGCAUAAACUAGCUCUGUGGAAAAGGUAAGUGUUAAUGGUCCACUUUUCAUUGUGAUUCUGCUGGUAAACUUUAUUUUUGAAGUCACAUUGCUUGGAAUAAAAGUGAUGUUUUGUCUUUGAUAUAUGCCUUGUGAUUAUCUUAAGCUACAACAUGUCUUCCACAUUUUAAUAAUCCUUUCAUGUCAUAUUCAUUAGAAUAUUCAAUUUGGAUUUUGAUUUGUUUACUCUUAAGGUCAACUAUUGUUGUUGUGACCUGAUGAUUGUUUAUGUGUAUUGGGAUCAGGCUGAUCAGUAGCAAUCAUACAUAACAUAUCAAUAGCACCAAAUUGGUCUCUUUGUGUUAAUAGCAAAAUGGCCAACUCAAUCUUCUUGUUUUCCUUUGUUUCGUUUCUCCCUUUUGUCUGUUCAGUUCACUUCAACAUACCUCGUUUCGGGUCAGAUAUUCCCGAAGUAGUGUACCAAGGAGAUGCAAGAGCUAACGGCGCUGUUGAGCUUACCAACAUUGACUACACUUGCCGUUCCGGUUGGGCUACUUACGGUAAAAAGAUACCUCUAUGGGAUCCUGAGAUAGGCAAGCCUUCUGAUUUCACUACCAGCUUCUCCUUCAGGAUCGACACUCGUGGCGUUGCGUUCGGUAACUACGGUCACGGCUUCGCUUUCUUCCUCGCUCCAGCCGGAAUCCAAAUGCCUCCCAACUCAGCCGGUGGUUUCUUGGGUCUGUUCAACGAAACCAACGUGCUCUCUUCUUCUUACCCGCUCGUCCACGUCGAGUUUGAUACCUUUACUAAUACAAACUGGGAUCCUCUCGACAUGACGUCUCACGUAGGAAUCAACAACAACUCUCUUGUCUCUUCCAACGUAACUUCUUGGAACGCUUCCACGCACAGUAGAGACAUAGGCCGCGUGGUGAUCGUCUACGAUUCCGCUAGAAGAAACUUGAGCGUCUCUUGGAGAUACGACACGACGUCUGAUCCUAAGGAGAACUCGAGCCUUUCUUACAUCAUUGAUCUUUCCAAGGUGCUGCCGUCAGAAGUCACUGUUGGGUUUAGUGCGACGUCUGGUGGGUCCACUGAAGGGAAUAGACUUCUGUCGUGGGAGUACAGCUCAAGCCUUGAACUAAUAAGAGAUGAUGAUGUCGAGAAAACUGAAAAAGACAGGAAAGGGUUGAUCAUCGGUGUUUCGGCUUCUGGUUUUGUCUUGCUGACGUUUCUCACUGUCUCCCUCGUCGUCUUCUUGAAACGGAAGAAGAGAGCAGAGGAGAUAGCGAACUUGACAUCGAUAAAUGAAGAUCUCGAAAGAGGAGCAGGGCCGAGAAAGUUUACUUACAGGGAACUCGCAUCAGCUGCUAACAACUUCUCUGAGGAUAGGAAGCUAGGGGAAGGAGGGUUCGGAGCGGUUUACAAAGGCUACUUAAACGGCUUAGACAUGAUGGUUGCGGUGAAGAAGUUCGCAGGCGGGUCUAAGCAGGGGAAAAGAGAGUUCAUAACGGAGGUGAAGAUAAUCAGCAGUUUGAGGCAUCGGAACCUUGUGCAACUCAUCGGUUGGUGUCACGAGAAAGACGAGUUUCUAAUGGUGUACGAGUUCAUGCCAAACGGUAGCCUAGACGCUCACUUAUUUGGUAAAAAGCCGCAUCUCGCUUGGCCCGUGAGGUGCAAGGUAACUCUAGGUAUAGCGUCUGCUCUGCUUUAUCUACACGAGGAGUGGGAGCAGUGCGUUGUGCAUAGAGAUAUUAAAGCGAGUAACGUGAUGCUUGACUCUAAUUUCAACGCCAAGCUUGGUGAUUUCGGGUUAGCUAGGCUGAUGGACCACGAGCUGGGCCCGCAGACCACGGGGUUGGCGGGAACGUUUGGUUACAUGGCUCCUGAGUACAUAAGCACGGGGAGGGCGAGCAAAGAGUCUGAUGUUUAUAGUUUUGGUGUUGUCACGCUGGAGAUUGUAACGGGGAGAAAGUCUGUUGAUCCGAGACAAGGAAGAGUGGAGCCUGAAACGAGCCUUGUGGAGAGAGUGUGGGACUUGUAUGGGAGAGGAGAAGUGGUCACAGCCGUUGAUGAUAAACUUGGGGUUGAUAGUUUUGAUGAGAAGCAAGCCGAGUGUCUUAUGGUUGUGGGGUUAUGGUGUGCUCAUCCUGAUAGGAACUCGAGGCCUUCGAUAAAACAAGCGAUCCAGGUGUUGAGUUUCGAAGCACCGUUGCCUCAUCUUCCGAGUAAAAUGCCUGUUGCUAGUUAUCAUGUGUCGUCUUCGAGUACUGGAACAUCGGUUAGCUCUGGUGGAGCUGCGACAGCGACGUUUUCAAGUGCUCAACUUGGUCGUUGAGUAAGUAAGAUCUCUGUUGCUUUUUGUACUUUUGUUUCUUUCUCUGUGUGGAUAUAUGCGUGUGUUUGUAUUGCAUUUUGUUCUUGCGUCUCUGUGUAAUUUGAUACCUAUUGUUUCUGUUACUCUUGCUUGUGAAACAAGUUUCUUCAAUUAAAGAUAUUAAUUCCUAUCUCAGUCUCCAAUUUUAAUGCAUAAACUCCAUUUUUUUAAAAAAAAACACUGAUACCCUUCAAGAAGGCUUUGGAAGACAAAAAAAAAAGAAAUAAAAAACUUAAAUUUGUCGCGCCAGGUAGGGGUCGAACCUACGGCCUUCUGCUUAGGAAACAGACGCUCUAUCCACUGAGCUACAGGCGCUUCUUGUUGGCAUAUGUACUUCUAGUCAUUUAAAUAUCAUAUUAUAUUGCAACUUCUCAGAUUGGUGAGUUUAGUGGCCAUUUAAUUUGGACUUUUGGAGAGAGACAUAUGGCUCUGUCACUAACUAACUAACCCAAUUAAACAUGGUCGGUCCUAAAAUUUUGGAAGCUAGAAAAACCAUGGAAAACUCAUUCAGACAUGAAAAGAAUGGUUAGUAAUGCAGUUUGAGAU